AGAAGAGAGAGACUGCAGAAUCUACUGGCUUUCCCUCUAAAGCUAAAAUGGAAGACCUCCAGAUUUUGUGAUAUGAAUCUCCAUCUGGAGGACGUGAUAAAGCAGUUCAAAGAUGCUGUGUUAUUCAAACUACAGUUUCAGAAAGCAAAUGUCACUCUGGAUCCAGACACAGCCCAUCCCAGGCUCAUCCUGUCCGAGGAUGGGAAAAGCAUGAGAUGGGGAGAGAAAAAGCCACGCCUGCCUAACAAUCCCGAGAGGUUCAGCAACGGGCCUUGUGUGCUGGGACUUGAGGGAUUCACAGCAGGCAGCCAUUUCUGGGAAGUCACUGUGGGAAGUGAGGGAGAAUGGGUUGUGGGGAUCGCUAGAAGUCUGUGAGGAGAAAGGACAGCUUUGCCUUUUGUCCCGAGGGAGGGAUCUGGGCUGUGCAGAAGUUGGGAGGUAAGUACAGGGCGUGCACCUCCCUGUUUCCAUCUCUCCCUG